GGGCGGGGCUGGCUGCAGCCUGAAGGCCACGAUACGGGCGUCAAGGUGUACAACAGCCUCACGCUGAGAAAGGACCCUUUAAUCGUGGGCAGCGCGGACGCCGCCUCCUGGUAUAGCUGUGGACCAACUGUUUAUGAUCACGCACACCUUGGCCAUGCUUGCUCAUAUGUUAGAUUUGAUAUAAUUCGAAGGAUCCUAACCAGAGUUUUUGGAUGCAACAUCAUCAUGGUGAUGGGAAUUACAGAUGUGGAUGAUAAGAUAAUUAAAAGGGCCAAUGAAAUGAAGAUAUCACCUGCUUCUCUUGCCAACCUUUAUGAAGAAGAUUUUAAACAAGAUAUGGCAGCCUUGAAGGUUCUCCCACCCACAGUAUACUUGAGAGUAACUGAAAAUAUUCCUCAGAUCAUUUCUUUCAUUGAAGGAAUAAUUGCUAAUGGGCAUGCUUAUUCAACAGCAAGAGGCAAUGUCUACUUUGAUCUGCAGUCGAGAGGCGACAAGUAUGGCAAGCUCGUUGGUGUGGCUCCUGGUCCUGUUGCAGAGCCAGGUGAUUCGGACAAGCGGCAUGCCAGCGACUUUGCCCUGUGGAAGGCAGCCAAGCCCCAGGAGAUCUUCUGGCCCUCUCCUUGGGGAAACGGAAGACCUGGCUGGCAUAUCGAAUGUUCUACCAUCUCAAGUUUGGUGUUUGGAAGUCAACUGGACAUCCACUCGGGUGGCAUAGACCUAGCUUUCCCGCAUCAUGAGAAUGAAAUCGCACAGUGUGAGGUCUUCCAUCAGUGCCAGCAAUGGGGAAAUUACUUCCUGCAUUCUGGACAUUUGCAUGUAAAAGGCAAAGAAGAAAAAAUGUCCAAAUCACUGAAAAACUACAUCACUAUUAAGGACUUUCUGAAGACAUUUUCCCCCGACGUCUUCCGGCUCUUCUGCCUGCGGAGCAGCUACCGGUCAGCUGUGGACUACAGCGACAGCACCAUGCAGGAAGCUCAGCACCUCCUCCGGGCCGUGGCCGCAUUCGCCCAGGAUGCUCGGGCCUACAUGAAGGGGCAGCUGGUGUGCGGCCCCAUCAGGGAAGACGUGCUGUGGGAGAGGCUCAACCACACACAGGCUGCUGUGAAGGCCGCCUUGGCGGACGACUUUGACACGCCUGGGGCGGUGGAUGCCGUCUUGGAUCUCAUUCACCAGGCGAACAGACAGCUGAAGGUGGUCACUAAGGAGCCUGGCGGUCCCAGGAGCCCUGCUGUGUUCGGCUCCAUCAUCUCCUACGUUGAGCAAUUUUUUGAGACGGUUGGAAUUUCUCUGGCAGAACGACAGUUUGUUUCAGGGGACAGCGGCUCAGCCACGCUGCACAGCGUGGUGGAGGAGUUGGUUCGAUUCCGGCUCAAGGUCCGGCAGUUCGCCCUGGCCACGGGAGAGGCUACCAAGGAAGCCCGGCGGCAGCAGCUCCUAGAGAGGCAGCCCCUGCUGGAGGCAUGUGACACCCUGCGCCAGGACCUUGCCGCCCACGGCAUCAGUAUUAAGGACAGAAGCAGCACAUCCACAUGGGAACUGCUGGGUCAGAGGUCAGAAGACCACAAACCUGGGAGCUGAGGAUGCGUGAAGCGGGAACCACAGGCUCACAAUGCGGCUCUGUGCUUGCUUAAGUCCCUAUAGAAGCUUUACAUUAAAGUUUUCCAUUGUGACUAUUUAGUCAACAUUAAAGUAAGUCAAACUGAUAUCAUU